AUGGCAGCUGUCGAUCCGAUGCAUUGCUUCUUUUUGGGAUUGGUAUCUCAUGAAAUAUCGCUUAUCCUGGGAACUAGUAAUGAUUCAUUUUCUAUGCUAUCUGCAAAUCAAGUCAUAUUGAAACAACGAAUAAAAGCUUUAAACCAGCAGCUGCCGUUGGACAUUGGUAGGCUUCCUGGCAAGGUUGUUGACGGUGAUCAUCGUGCUAAAAUGACAGCAGGUCAAUGGAAACAUUUCAUUGUUAUAUAUGCCAGAGCAUGCUUCAUAAAACUUGUUCUACCUACUGUUUACACAAGUCUUCGACUGCUAGCAGAAGUAGUCGAGCUUUUAAUAGAUGAUUCACCUACACAAGAAAUCAUUGAUCUGAUAGAUGUUAAAAUACAACGUCAUGAUGAGGCCUAUUGUAAGGCCUAUGGGAAAUGGAAUGUCACUGUUAACUAUCACAUGGCAUUACACACGGCAGAUUGUCUGAAUGACUUUGGACCUGCAAACAAUUUUUGGUUGUUUGCUUAUGAACGUGAGAAUGCUGUUGUUGGCAAUGCUCCGACUAAUGGAAUAUCAAUUGAAGGGCAGUUAUUUAGAAGAUAUCAUGUGCAAUAUCAGCUGGAGAGCUCUUUCAUCGAUCCUGUGGAUCUGCCACAGCUACCUUCAAUCCCUGCUUAUCUGUAUGCUCUUUAUGAAAGUUGGACUGAUAUAGUGACGAACUUGGAUUUUGGCAGGUGGCUGCCUAGUAGAUUACAAUUAGCCGCAUCUACUAGAAUUACUAAUGCUGAAGGAGAAGACCUUAUGCGCGUGCAGCUAAUGUUAGAUGCCGAUGAAGAUGAUGAUUCAAUGGACUCUUGGCCAGUUAGUCUUUGUCACCCAGCUAGAAAAAUUUUACUUUGGCAGAUAAUGUACAGGCUUUGCUUGUCAAACACUUUCAGCAAGUUUAUGGUGACAAGUUAG